ACGCCCAUCUGUAUAAAUUUGCGCGUCAUGUCCAUGCCAAUGAAGUCUCUCUCGACCUUGUAUUUGUCAAAGGCCUCCUUGAGGAGCUGACUCGAUUCCCUUGCCACAUCGGGUGUUUUGAAGCGCCAUAGAGGUAGUAGCUCUGACUUGUAUGGCUCAACAGAAAGCACGCCUUGCUCGCCUAUACCAAUUCUGUAUAGAUGAGGCGAUGCGCGCAUGUUGACAUGAGGGAAGUCCAAGCUAUAGUCGAACUUGGCUCUUGCGGCCUUCUUGACGGUUGCUACACGAGGCAUCCUCUGAUGCAAAUUUAGCCCAUGGCCCUGGGCACUGAGGGUAAGAAUGAGGCGUGGUUGUGUAACUUUAUCCCCGCAAGUCGCAUCUCGAUACGCGGAGCCGGACACUCGUCGACCCAGGCACACAUCUACGUACUACUCUUUCUGUCCCAAGCAUGUCCCUCAAGCAGUUCUUUCCAUGGCUCAAGAUCCCCAUCAUGUCUGCCCCUAUGGCCAAUCUCGCCGGCUUUGAUCUGGCAAGGUCAGUCAGUGAGGCUGGCGCCUUUGGCUUCAUUGCCGGCGGCUAUAACCAUGCUGCUCUCCAGAGCAACCUCAUUAAGGCAGCAGAGCACAAGGCAUCCCUCAAAGGUCAGCAAAAAGAGGAGUUUCACGUCGGCGUCGGGAUCUUGACAUUCACUAUGAAGGAUGGACCUGACCAGUUUGUGAAAAUCCUCAAAUCAGAUGCCAAAAUCUUGGACUCUGGCGUCCUCGCUUGUGUCUGGCUGUAUGGUGGUGAACAUGACACAUGGCUCAAGGCGCUCAAGCCUCUGCUUUCACCCCUUGGCAUCAAACUCCUUGUACAAAUUCAUACAGUCAAGGAAGCUCAGGCUGUGGUGGACGCUGGUGCCGAUUUGAUUGUUGCACAAGGCACAGAUGCCGGAGGUCACUGUGGCGCGAGCAACGCCAGCAUCAUCUCUCUUGUUCCUGAAUUAUGUGCUCACUUCGCCUCUCAGGAUGGUCAAAGCACACGAAUUCCCGUAUUGGCCGCAGGUGGUAUCAGUCAUGGCCGGCAGAUGCUUGCUGCCCUGACAUUAGGUGCUCAAGGCGUUGUUGUUGGCACGAGACUCAUGCCAGCUGAUGAGACAGAAUUCCCAAAAGCUGGCAAAGACGUUGUACUCACUGCAAAGGACGGUGGAGCCUCCACCAUUCUCACGCGCGUCUACGAUGAGAUGCGUGGUACAACAGACUGGCCCGCUCAAUAUACAGGACGUGCGAUAGCCAAUGUCACGGCAAGCGAACAUGCUGAGGGCCAAGACCCAAAAGUCAUUCGCGAGGCUUAUGCUACAGCCGUCAAGGAGGGCGACUUUUCGCGCUUAGUGUGUUGGGGUGGCACUGGUGUUGGCAUGGUCAAGCAGUCUGGUCCUGCAAAAGAAAUCAUCUCUGCUUUGGUAACAGAGUACAAUGAAGCACUGGGUGUCAUGCCACCUGUUAUCUAGUCUUCUUAUAGCAUUGUAUCUCACAAUUGAGUACGCUCUUCGAUGAUUUGAAUAAUCUCGCUGAGAUCAUGCACAACAUGCGUCGGAUUGAGCUUCUUCAGCUCUUCGUUGUCCUUGUUGAGCACAAGAAUUGUGUCCAUCUUGUAAGCUUGUGCCGCCUUGAUGUCAUCUGCACCGUCACCCACCAUCAUGCAUGCCUCUACUUCGACAUCGGGCCACUUCUCCAAAAUAUGCAGCAAUGGUUCUGGAGACGGCUUGGGUGGUGUAAAGGCACGCGUGAUGACUGGCCAUAUCUUGUAGUCUUGAAGGAAAUGAUCCAACAGGUACUGCGUUGGUUCAUGAAAGUUGCGCGUGC